AUGACCAUGAACGGAUUGCCGAAAGACCGUUUGGAAAUACUCAAUCUUAUUAACGAGUGGAAUUCAACUCGUUUGGAUUUAUUUAAAAUCAGCGAACCUAAUGAAGUUCUCGAUUUCUAUGGGGUUAUGAGAUUUUACUUCCAAGAUGCCGAAGAUAAAGUGACAACCAAAUGUAUACGCGUAGCAAGUACAGCGACAACAUUAGAUGUUAUCCGUGUUCUUAUGGAAAAACUAAGACCGGAUAUGAAAACAUUACCAAACGAAAGGGAUUAUUGUAUUUAUGAAGUUCAUCCGAAUGGAGAUGGACGAAAGUUAGAAAUGGAUGAACGACCAUUGUGGGUUCAACUUUAUUGGGGUAAAGAUCAAAGAGAAGGUCGAUUCGUUCUACAAAAUGCCAAAUUACCUAAAUUAUCAAAACCAAUCGGCGGAAGUUUCAAAGAACGACGAUCAUCCAAACGCGAAUCAAAGAAAAAGAAAAAGCAAGAUAAAAAAAAUGGUGUCGAUGAAAACGAUAAUCAACCAUCGACUGUAACACCAACUGCGAUUGUUGAAUCACUAUACAAAUCUGUUCCUGAAACGAACAAAUUUACUCGUUCAUUAUCGAAUCCUGAAAUGGUGAAAAAAAUUCAACAAGAUCGUUUAAAGCAAAAAUUUAUCAAAAUUAGCACCAAAGAAGGAGGUGGUACAAUGAAAGUGUUUGGUGAUGCAUUAAAUCCAUCGAUUCCAUACAAAACAUUUCUUUUAUCCAUCAAAGAUACAGCUGAAUGGGUUGUGAAAGAAAUGCUGGAGAAAUACGGAUUAAAACAUGAAGACCCUCAGAAUUAUUGCCUUCUUCAAAUUGUUAUUCCACCACGUGAUCAAAUGGAUAAUAAAACCAUAAAAGAAGUUAUUCUUCACGACAAAGAGUGUCCAUUAAGUAUUUGUUUAAAUCACGCUCAGAAAAACGAAGGUUCAAUCAUGUUCAAAGUCGUUAAAUGUCCACCGGAAUAUAUCGAAAUUCGUAAGCGACUUCGCGCACAAGAAUCAGCGAUGGAUUCAGCUCCAACGCCAUCGAUUCAAGAUCGAACCAUCAACGAUCAUUUGUCAAUGUUUGUUGAAGUGAAAAAUGACGGAACUGAUCUCGCCACACCCCGUGUCUUCAAAAUUCAUCCUAAUACAACAUAUGUUGGUCGAGAUGCCAAAGCAGGUGUUGGCAAACAAUAUUUCUAUAUCGACGGAGUUGGUAUUGAUCGCGAUCAUUGUACCAUUCACAAUCAAAAUGGGAUUGUCACUUUAACUCCUCGUGGUGAGGUAUGGCUAAAUGGCAAACUUGUUUCCACACCAUUUGUUCUUCAACAUGGUUCAUUGGUUUGUUUCGGACGAAAUUCUACAUUUCGUUAUUGCGAUCCACAAUUCGUUAAUAAAACAACCGUCAAACCAAAAGUACAAUUAAAUGGUGACAAACCAUUGUCACACGGUUCUCUCUCAACAUUACCGAUGGCUGCAGCGAAGAAAUCUAGUUCAGUUGAAUCGAAUACAUUGCAAAUUCGACCAGCAAAAGAUUUACCAGCGAAAAAACCCAGUCCAAACGUUGAUCCUGGAACAAUGAUCGACGUUCUUCCGGGUCUAUUAGAAGUUCCUAAUGAAACUGAAAGUCGAUUUCUCCAUACUGUUUUCGAAAACUAUCCAUUAAGCAACAUUCAAUUUCGUCUCUCACCUGUGUACGCAAUCUAUAUGGCAUUACGACAUCGUCUUUCUCCCUAUGGAAAACCAAAUCUUCCAUUGGUGCAAAAACAGGAAAAUAUUAUUUCAUUACUUUAUCGUAUCGAAGAUAUGAUAAGUAAGAAAAUCGAAGAAUGUCAUGAAAAUGGUGGUUACUUAGCAUAUUGGAUUGCAAAUACGUCGGAAUUACUUUAUUUUAUCAAACAAGAUCGUGAUAUUUCGAAAAUCUCGCACGAUGUUCAAGAUCGUCUAGCUGAAUGUGUCCAGCGAUUGUUUCGUUACUUAACACAUCUUGUUCAAAAUGAAUUGGACAAAUAUUUAACCUCGUUUACCAAUCCACAAGAUGAUGUCGAACACGAUGUGUACAUUGCUUUCGAAGAAAAUAGUUCGACAAAUGUCGAACUCUCCGAUGCACGGUGGUUGUCAUUGGAUAUGAAUGGUAAUAAUUAUCACCAAGCGACAUUAGGUGAUAUUCUUGCAACACUCUCAUCAAUUAUGGAUUUAUUACGUAAAUGUCGAGUGAAUGCUGCCUUAACGAUCCAAAUGUUUUCUCAGAUCUUUCAUUAUAUCAACACUUGGUUAUUCAAUCGAAUGGUUUGCUGUCCAGAGUUGAAAUUAUGUUCGCAUUUCUGGGGAGAAAAGUUAUCUGUACGUUUGAAAUCGAUUAGUGAUUGGGCACAACGGCAAGGUCUCGAAUUAGCAUCGGAUUGUCAUUUAACGAAGGUUAAUCAAAUAUGUUUACUAUUGCAAAAUAAUAAACGUGAUGCGCAUGAUGUUCAACAAUUAAUAUCGAAUAACAAUUUUAAAUUGAAUUCCAUUCAAGUGAAGCAAAUCUUGAAUAAUUAUAUGUCAAAUCGAAAUGAAACACCGAUCUCAUCGACAUUCAGUCAAGCUCUUCUAGCUGCGGCUUAUAAACAUGUCGAUGAAAAUUUACGUCGCGAAGGUGUACUUGUUCAACUAGCUGAAGAGCCGGAAUUGAAUUUGCCAUUUCUGUUACCUGAAGAUGGUUAUACAUGUGAAAAUCUACGCGGUAUACCUCAACAAUUGUUCGAAUUUAUCGAACCAAUGAGCCGUUCAUCAUUAUGCCGAUUAUUUACAAAUCCACAUAGUUUAGGAAUGUGGACUGAAUUUAUGGAAAUAUCAAAUGUGGAAAAUGGGCAUAAUAAUAGUAAUGAUGGAAGUCACAGUGUGGAAACGGUGACAUUGAAUAAAAAAGGAAAUAGUCUUGGUUUAAGUAUUGUUGCAGCAAAAGGCGAAUCGCAACAAUUUCAAGGCAUUUAUAUUAAAGCCAUUGUGCCAGGCGGCGCAGCUGAAGAUGAUGGACGUCUGCAAGCUGGUGAUCAAAUACUUUGUGUAGAUAAAAUAAGUCUUAUUGAUAUUACACAAGAACAAGCCGCAGAAGCAUUGAAACAAUGUGGGCCAAUGGUUACAUUACAAGUUCUUAAAGAUGCAGCUAAUCGUCAAGGUCUUUCUGCUUUACUUACUAAACCAUCUGAAAAUCACCAUCAUAUCCAUCAUCAACAACAACAACAACAACAACUCGCUCAUUUUCCUUCAACAUCAAAUCCAUCAUUGUUAUCGCAUCCACAUCUUCCAAUAUCAUCUUCAUCAGGUCCUUUGAAGUCUGCUGGUAGCCAUGAACGACUGUUAACUCAUACUAAUGGUCCAUCUCAACACCAUCAAAAUCAUUUUGCGACCUUAGCUCAUCCACCGCACCAUCAUCAUCACCAUCAACCACUUCCUCCUCAAAUGCCACCAACAAUUGCAACACAACCGCGACCGGCCUCUCGUUCGCAAUUACCUGCCACUUCAUCAUCAUAUGAAUUUGUCUAUAAUGCUAAAAGUGUUCCGAUUACCAAUUCAAAUCCUCAACAACAACAACAACAACAACGUCUGGUUCAACAUGAAAAUCCUCAUCGAUUAAUUCAGCCAGCACGUUCAGCACAACUACUCGCUGAAGAAAGCAAUAAUAAUGAUUUAUUACACAAUUAUCUCUCAUCUCAACAACAUCAAUCGAACCCGAACCUAUUCCAUUCAAAUCAAGUUCAAUACACAUCCAUCAACAAUCGAAACCAAACAUUCGAUAUUCCUAAACGACCUUACGAUCAUGAUAAUCAUCAUAUGAAUGGAAAUGAAUAUUAUCAUCACAAUGGACAUACAAACGAUGAGGAAGAUGAAGAGAUUGAAGAAGAUGAAGAAGAUCUGCAACCAACUAACUUCAUUCGUUCAGCUAGUGAACGACAAUCAUUCGGUGAUCGAAAUUUAUCGACUGCUCCACCAUUGAUCUUUCGUGAAGAUAUUCCACCACCACCACCUCAAAAUGGUUAUACCAAUGGCAAUCAUCAAUCCAAACCUAUAAAUCAUACACAAUCCGCUAUUGGACCGACAAUAGCACCAAAACCCUUACCUAAACCAAUGAUUAGUGCUCUUGCACUAAUCAAAAAUACAAAUACAACCAAUAAUGAUAAUGAUAUCGCCUAUCGAUUAUCGAAAGCAAGCUUAUCCUCAUCUUCAGAUCAAUUAGCCCCACCCAUACGAAAACCGCGUACACCACAACCUGAAGCACCUAAGUUGGCACAUACUCGUCAGAAUAAUAUCAGUGAAUUACGUUUAAAACGUAUCAACGACCUAUCAAGUCGUCCUGAACGCACAGAUUUCGAAGAAAAAGAAUUAAAUAAUUUGAAAUUGGAACACGAAUUUGAUCGACGUGUUGAAGAGUUCACUUUCCAAACAAAUGGAGCCGAAAUUGAAGAAGAACGUAUGAAUAUUAUUCCUAUUUCAACGGUAUCACCAUCAUCAGAUGCAAAUGAUGACAUGAACGAAUUCGAUGAAAAAUUGAAACGUCGUUUGGAACAGUACGAACACGAUCGACAAGUUGAACGCGCACAUGCCAAUCGUUUACAAGCAAAACGAGAAGCUGAUCUCGAAGCUCGUCUACGUAAAGAUCGAGAUCGUGCUGAUCGCGAUAUACGUGAUCUACAAAUACGUCGAAUGUCCGAAGAGGAUCGAUCAAUUGAAGCGAAGAAAGAACAAGCUCGAUUAUCCAAACAUAUUCGUAUACCCGAUUCACCACCUGUACCAAAUGAUUCAAUGAAACAUUCGUCAUCAUCUGGUCAUAUUCCAAUUUCAAAAGAUAAUAUCGAUUAUCAAUUUUCGCCACCGAUCCCACCUCCACCACCAGCCAGAGAUAUUUCCUUUGCAGUUGCCAACAACAUCAAACAAUCAUUAAUGCAACGAGCAUCAAAUGAGCAUCAAUUAAUCAGUCCACCUUUGCCUCCACCACCGCUGCCGCCAGCACAUGAAACGUCGCCAACAUCGAGUAUUGUUGCAAUACCUGUUUCAUCACUUCAUGCUGUUGAGCGUAUAACUGCUGAAUUAACACGUCGAGAUGACUUAUACACGAAUGAUGAUGCAACCAAUCAUCAUACACCUUCUGUUAUCGGUUCACAAGAAGUUUACUUAGAUCCACGUUUCCGUUCGAAACGUUUUCAACAACAAAAUGGUCAUAUGAAUGGUAUUAAUAAAGAAAAUGUGAAUAAUGAUGAUUCAAGUGGAGUGUCAACGGAAACCAUGUCGUUCCGAGACAAGCUAAAAUUCUUUCGCAAACCACCCGAUCAACAAGAAUGA